AGGUAACAGAUUAUUAUUUAACUGCCAUCUGAAGGAAGAGCUUUAUUGGUGAUGUUAUGUUGCAAUGACAGAACAAGCCAAAAAAAAUCUGCUGGUUGUUGCUGUGUCUGCACAUGAUCCUAAUGUGGAUGAUGACCUUGAAGCAGCAGAAGCUGUAUUUACAGCCCCUGAUAUAUCCUCUCAGCUGCCUGUAAGACGAGGAGACAAGUUUGAGGUGUUAGGCAGAGAUGUUGACUGGUGGCUUUAUGUAAAGAAUGUUGAAAAUGAAGAGAAAGGUUACAUCCCCAGCACAUGUGUGGUGCCAUUAAAGGAUGAUUUAACUAUUGAAGAGUAGGUGACAUUUGAUACAAAUAUUUUAUUGCAAUAAUUAUUUUAAAUUGAUAAAAUUACAAUGUAUCUUUAAUGCUACUGUACUCAAUAAAGCAGUCUAACAAGUAUUUGUGGGUUCUAGGGAUGAAGAGUUAGGACAUAAUGUUGAAUUGACGGCUGACUUGGUCAACUCAAGUGUUGAACUGAAAUUCUUUCCUGAGGCUCCCGCUGAAAAGGAUGCAGUAAAUAGGGUAAGUUGAAGUUUCCAGUCCUUAAUUUGACAUUAUCUUUUGUGUGCGAUUUGCAUGAGCAAUGCACCAGUUUAUUGAACAUUUGCAUACUCAGUGUAUUUGUUUGCUUUUAGUACCUUUCUUUUUGGUACUUUCAGAAAUGUGGCUAUGAUAGAAUUGAGUUGGAAGCUACAGUUUCUAGUGCAAACUUCCUAUAACUCUGAAUUCUAUUGUGCCAAAGUAACAAAAGAGGCCAGAGUAUAUUAUGCAUUAUAGAUUGAAUACUAUAGUAUUUUUGGAAUUUGGACAUUGCAAGAGCAGUUCUUGCCAAGAGCAAAAGAUGGUGGGAAUGUUAGGUUUACAUGAAGCUCUACCCAAAUGGCAAUUUGAGAGUAUCAUUGUAUUUUUCAAAGUGGCCUGCUGCAGUAAGGGUAAUGUUAUACAGCUAUUUCGAGAAAGGUUGUCAGAAAAAGUGCACGCGACAAUCCCGAAAGGUAUUGUGCGUGGUUUUGAGUUCAGUGUUCUUCAAAGAAAUUUGAAAGAAUGAUGCAAGAGGCCACAGUAGUAUGUUUGUGAGUGCUAAAGGAAAGCAACAAAAGUAGGUUCGACAGCUACAGGGUCAGGAACAGUGUAUUGAUCAUAUUCCACAUUACCGUUUGGGAUUGUCCCAAGCACUUUUUUCCGACAACCUUUCUCGAAACUGCUGUAUACUACACCUGUCAGACAACCCUCAAAUUCACCUAAUACUUUAUGCUAUCACUAUAUUGUACUCAAUAGAGAGGUAGGACAUGACCACACUCAUAACCUUUAAACUUUUAUUUGUUAUUUUUGAUAAGUAAACAAAAAAUUGUGCAAAUACUGUGUCUUAUGUACUGUCUUCAAAUAGUGAAAGUUAUCUAAGUUCAAUAGUAGUAGUAUAAGAUAGAUCAGUAUUUUGAAAUCACACAACUUGUGUUAUCUUAAAAUAGAGUGACUCCCCUGAAGUAAAGGCCAACAUCUUUUCAAAACUGACCUUUUGGUGGCUGACUGGGUGAGUUAAAUUUAUUUUGUUUGAAAUUAUCCCUAAACAGCUCUUAACCCUUACUUCUAUUCCCACCAAUUAUUUCCUAAGUUAUCUGACAGCUAUUGAACAGUCACAUGACUGUUAAUUGUACAGUUGUACUUCAUGUAAGCAACAAGCGAAAAUAUGAAGACAGUCAUGGUUAGUUAUGGCAGGUUGUUGCUUUAAUACAAUAUUAAAUCAAACUCUCUUUCAAGAAGAGAUCCAGAGACAUUUUUUUAAAAUAAUUUAUGACAUAUAAUUUCGAGGUUGCUAAUUGUGUAUUAAGUUCCAUUUUGUUGCUAAGAGGUCUUUGCAUACUCUGAAUUGACCCCAUAUGAAACAGACGGGAUGCUCGCUCAGUCGGUUAGGGGUGUGAAUUUUGACUUUUGGUCUCGCUUUUUAGGGUGGUCGGCAAAGCGCCCGAUAUUUUAAGGCGCUAAGGUCUCGUUUAAUACUUUACGAAAGAGAAACAGAAGUCAAUUUUCUUUUUAACUUUGUUUGUUAUGUCUUUAUGUCAUUAAAACUCAUUGCAUGUCGGUAUUUGUGUGUUUUUUAGCGGUCUCUUUUAGGGGUCAAAAUUUGGAUGACCCACGUAAAGAUUGGUCUCCUUUAGGGGUCACAAAAAAAUGAGCCACCCCAGAUGGUUAUUAGCCUUUGGCUAUUAAAUUCAAAAUUUCUUUAAAUCCCCGCUUUUUUUUUUUUUUUUUUGCUGAAUACUAUAGCCACAUACGUCAUACAUAGAGAUCAGAGUAUGUGUUAAGUGCUCGUUUACAAGAUCUAGAGGUUAAACCCAAUGGGAAAAUUAUAAAACCUACACCCUAAAAAGUGUCUGUGUUUGAUACUUAUAAGAGGUAUUGACUGUAGGACUUUGGCAGGGAAAAUUUUGGUAUUUUGGAUACAGUGAGCUGUAGAUUGAUGUUGCUUAUGGGUGGUGCAGGUGACUUACAAGAGGUGUUUAUGUUUGACUGUAUUUUGGUUUGGAAUUUUGUUUCAACAUGAUAUUGCAACAAAAAUGAUAUUACAAUGUUAUUAAUGGUUGCAGUUAAGUCAACAAGAAAGUACUGAGGUUUGUCAAGAUAAUCAAUUUGAUCAAUUAUUGCUUGUGUUAAUGUCUUCUCUUUUCCUCAGAUUAAUCUUCAAAGGUUAUAAAAAUCCCCUGGUUGACAGUGAUCUCUGGGCGUUAGGAAAAAAUAACAAGUCUGCAACCAUUGUUCCCAAGUUCAUGGAGAAGUGGGCCAAAGAGGAAAAGAGAUGCGCUAUGUAAGUUAAACACAAUUUUCGCCACAUAUUCCUUCUUAUAAUUUUUUGGAAAACUUCUGUUACAUAUUUUGAUGCAUUUUGUAGUGGUAAAAGGUGCCCCAUGGAGGAACAACAAGAGCUUGAGACAGCAAAGUUAAAAGGAGAAGAAGAAAAUGAUGAUCAAGCUGUAGUGUAUAAUGACAAGGAUAAGAAACAGAAAAAAAAGAAAAAAGAGAAGGAAAAAAAAGCUUCAUUACUGCGAGCCAUGGCGCACUUGUUUGGGCCACAGUUCCUGAUUGGCAUGCUCAUAAAACUUAGUUAUGAUGUGAUCCAGUUUGCUCAGCCACAAUUGGUGAAGUGAGUAUGCUUUUGGGUCGUCAUUUUAUGGUUUUAAUUUAAGAGCUGCAUUAAAGUGGCUGUUACAUUCCUUAUCACCAUAAUUCUCCAUUGAUUGGAGAAAAGUGGAUUUAGAUUUUUGAAAAAUUAUGCAGAAUGAGGGUGUUAGGGUAACGGUUAAGAUGAGAGUUUAGGGUUAAAAAAAUGUACUGUGUACAUUUGAUGUGGCAUUGUUAGGCCAUCAAACCUACAUUAUGUGAGGUUUUUCUUGGCUGUCACCAUCAAAUAGUUUUCAUAGCCACAACCACCAUCCUGGCAUCACCAUCAUCACCUUGGAAAUAUCAUCAUAAUUACACUGAGCUCAUCUUUACUGUUAUUUUACAGUUUGUUGAUUUCAUAUACAGCCAACAAAAGUGACACUGAAGAAUGGAAAGGAUAUGUGUAUGCCAUUGCCAUGUUCCUUGUGGCAGUAACAAUGUCUGUUAUAGUCCAUCAGUACUGGCAGAUUGUUUUUGUCCUUGGAAUGAGAAUACGAACUGCAAUCAUUGGGAUGGUUUAUGCUAAGGUAUAUAUAUGUCACCUUUCCUUUUAACUGCUAAGACAUAAACUAAAUGCUGAUGCAUCCAAAUAAGUUACUCAACCUUUAUGUUCAUUCUCUCCAAAGGCACUUGCCUUAAACAACAGUGCUCGAAAAGAAUCCACCGCGGGUGAAAUGGUGAAUCUGAUGUCAGUGGAUGCUCAACGACUCAUGGAUCUCACAACUUACAUCAAUGUUCUGUGGUCUUCACCUCUAGUUAUUUUGAUAACAUUGUAUUUUCUGUUUGAUGUGAUGGGUCCCUCCACUUUAGCUGGUUUUGCUGUGUUGCUCUUGCUUAUUCCGGUCAACCUUGUUAUCACUAGAAUUGCAAGAAAAUUACAGGCAAGUAUUAACUUAUACUUAAGAUGCACAUAUAUGUAGUGUAUUCUUAUAUUUUUAGCAAACGUAUAGUUAAUUAGCCCCUUGCUUCUUUAUAUGGUUCUUGCCAAUUAUUUUGUAGGAAUUUUGGUUCAAUUAUUAUCAAUUCCAGGUAGGGUAAAUCGAACAAGCCAUAAUAAUUAUGAUAUACCUUUUUAAGUUUGGUAGUGAUAGCAGUUGUGUAUUUCUGGAUGACAAAGUGUUGCUGUCAAAAAUGUUGAGAGAUAAAAGGGACAGAUGAUCAGCGUCAAGUUUCAAAUGCUUUAAUGAUACCAAUGCCUUUCAGUUCCGAUAUCUCAAAAGUAAACAAGCUGUUGUCAAUCACUGCAGUGCUUCCCAUACUCCUUUUUGUGCCUCAUUUUGCCAUCAUAACUUGCACUUAUAAAAAUGCUCUCCUUUUUUGCUUAUAUUGCAGUCUUUCGCAAUCAUUUCAUACAGGUAUACUGACUGCAGACUCUUAGGGAAGUAACGGCAGGACUAGCUCUAGUCUCUACUUUGUUACAAUAAAAUUCGAAGGCAUUGCACUGCAGUGAUUACUUAGUACAGCUUUCUGGUUUCUCCUUAGGUGAAACAAAUGGCUGCAAAAGACUUGCGUAUUAAACUGAUAAAUGAAAUCAUCAGUGGAGUCAAGGUACUUUGUAUGUAACAAGUCAUGAUAAUGCAUGUUUCAAUUUGAUCCAUUACCAUGCCACUCCUCUCCCCCCAGGGAUUUGCAAUUUUUUUUUCUUUUCUGCUACUCUAUUCCCCACCCCCGAGCUCCUGAUGAACAUCAUAUACGUUUCAUGGGUAUGUCUUUGAGAGUGAUUUCCGUACAAUAGCAAAACAAGACAUUUUCAGAACUAUUAUAAACGUUUUCUAGAGUUUAUUGAGAGAGGGAUAAUACAUGUCUGUAGUUAAAACAUGAACAAUACAUUUGAAAACGAAAAGAAAGAAAAACCUCUUAAACUCAUCCUUGAUAGAACACUUUAUAAGAACACUGCUGCAGAAAUGUAGCUAAGGAAAAGAUAAGCAGGCUUUUUUAGAUGUCAAGCUGGCUUUUGAACUCAACUGCAUCUCUAAACUUCCCAGGCUAAGCCUUUGUUUUUGUUUGCAAUUUGAGCUGGUGGUAAGUUUUUUUUUUAGGCGAUGAAAUUAGCCGGCAGCCAGCUGCUCUUAGCGACAUCCCUGCUGACUAGACUGGAUCUCAGUUUAUUGAUAUAUACUAAAAGCCUUGUAUCCGUUUUCAUAUAAAGUCUAUUUAAGUUGUCUUCUUAUGAAACUAGGCUGAAGAAAUAUUUCUUUCAUGGAGCUUAAUGUGUGCUUUGAGCAAGUAGAGUUUGGUUGAAAUUAUCUUAUAAUUUUGUCUCGAAAAAGCGUACGUUACUCAAAAGUUAAGCAAUGCAACAUCAGAAUGAUUCAAUGAUGAAAGAACCGCAAACUUUGAGUAACGAAUUCAGCCGACUUCAAGAGUCUUUAAGAUCACACGAGGCUGAAGCAAGCAAACAUGGUGGCCAAAGACAACCUGGACUGGAUCCUGAAACUACCAAGACAUUACAGUUCGGUAGAGGUAAGAACGAUGACUUGACUGGUUUCUGUAAUGCGGCAAAGAAAGAUCUUGCUGCAUUUAAGAACUGCCUCGAGUCUCUUACUGUUCAAGUUAGCGAAAUGGUGGGAGGACUGGAUGCCCUAGCAAGAUACAGUUACAGCUUUAAUGUCAAGCUAUUGGGCAUUCUAGAGAUUGAUCGGGAAGGAGUCAAGUCACAUUGCUGGGAAAUCACUGAAGUGGACCCGACAUCCGUUGGUCUUUAUGGGCAAUUCCUAUAUUAAGCACUUGAGAACGGACUAUAUGAAGAACUGCUUUUCAAGAAUUGGUGCAAAAAUAUGGAAUAGUAUUCCUGACAGUGAUUGUACUCUACCUAAAUAUAAAUGUAAGAAUACCCUACAGAGUCGGCUACUGAUAACCUAACAGGAGGAUACUUAUGUUUGCAUGUGAACUUUAAUUGAUGUAUUAAAUAAAUAUCAAAUUUUCAGUUUAAUUUCAAUCAUACCUUGUUUCAUUAACCUAUUUUGAAAUAUAUGUAUUCUCUGUCUUAUUAAUUUAAUAUGUUGAUGUUCAUGUAUCUGUAAUCUUGAGUUCCACAGCUUCUUGCAAACUGCAUGAGAAAUAACAUGUACUUUGCAAAAUCAAAAAGAAGUUCUUUUUGAUUUGCCCCACCCCCCUACCCCUGAGACAGGACCGCUUCAAACAUUUCCCCACUCCCAGGUUCGAAGGGCUGGAUGUGCCCCAGGGGUUGCCCGGGAGGGGGAUGGUAACAGGUCAAAUUGUCCAUGCAUAACUUGUUUGCGAUAUGUCGGUCAGUUAUUAGUAAAAAACACGUCAUUAUCAAAUUACUGAAGUGUAUUGUAAUAGUUUUGACUGUUGCAUGCCGGUUAACCCAUGUUUAAUGCCUGGGUUGGUGAUGGUUUAAUAUGUAGUUAUUUAUUGAUGACAGCAUGUAUCAAUGUAUUUUUUAGUGGUCAGCACUUCUUAGAUAAUAGGGUUUUUUUAUUUCAGGUUCUUAAGUUAUAUGCGUGGGAAAAGUCUUUUUUGAGUCAGGUGUCUCAAAUCCGCAAAAAAGAAUUACAUCAACUCAAGAAUGCUGCAUAUUUAAAUGCCUCUUUUGCCUUCUCCUUCACCUGUGCUCCUUUUAUGGUAAGAAUCAUGAACAUUAGACCACAAGUGACGGAACAAAACGUACGUUCCAUUAUGUAUAUGUUACAAAUCAAAUUUCAAUUCAGUUGAAAUAUUUUAACCUGGGUUUAUUCUCAAUUUCCUUGGUCUCCCGGCCCUAAUUAUUCGUGAUUUUCAGGAAUAUUAUUUGAUAUAACACACUUAUAUAAGUUUAACAUUUCUUUUUCUUCAGUUUCAAUAGAAAUAGGCAAAAACAAAACGUGAGAGUCACACAGUCAUUAUAAUUCUUUCUGUGUGGUUAUUCAGUCUACUGAUACAAUCAUACUGUACAAUUUAUAAAAUAGUUUCCUGUACAAACACAGUGUGUCAAGACUCUCUACUCUAAUGUGUUGAUGAUGGUCAAUUAAAUUGCUGUUUUUUUAUCCUCAGGUUGCACUUGCGACAUUUGCCAUUUAUGUUUUAACUGGAAAUGAGUUGACAGCCAACAAAGCGUUUGUGGCCCUUGCUUUGUUCAACAUCCUAAGAUAUCCAAUCACUUUUUUACCUAAUGUCAUUGUUAGUGCCAUACAGGUCAGUAUCAGACGAUAAUGAACACAUGUUUUUAUUGAAAUUUUUUCACAGUGACAAAUUGCAAAAACCUUUGGCGUUAUACUCAUACAAAUACCUUCCGCCCGAUUGCAACAACCAAAGUCCUUUCUUAGUUAUAUCGGUUUUUUUUCUCCUCCUUUUCAGGGUCAAGUAUCAAUCAAUCGGCUGACAGACUUUCUCAAUUUGCCAGAACUGGAUCCAAAUAAUGUCGAAAAGACAAUGCCUGAACACAGUGAGUUCUUUAUGAGCUUUAGAUUGUUCUUGUUGCUACUUACAGUAAUACUUGGGAAGUAACUGUCCAGAUGUGAAAAUGAAAUAAUCAGCAUAUCACGAGCGUGGGACAAAGAAAAAGUCUGAGUCCCUGACAGGAUUGGAACCUAUGACCUGCCAAACACUGGACGGGCGCUCUAUCUACUUGAGCUACGGAGAACUCAUGGAGAGCGAGGCCAUACUCUAGGUUCAUAUUUGACGCGCGCCUUGCAUGCUGCUAGGAUCAGCAAUGUCGAUGUUGCACAGUGUGCUGAAAGAAAUGAAAGAUGGUAAACUUUAAGCUUGGUGAAACAAAUGUGAAAAUGAAAUAAUUUAUGGUCCCACUAUUCUGGGACCAUAAACGGUAACGUUCAUGAUAAAAUGUCAGGGGUAUCCAACGAUGAUUUCCUCCUAAAUACGUUGAAAACAUCUUUAGGCUAUCCAGAGUACUUGUAUAGAUCUGUAGAAAUACAUUCUGAGCGGCGCUACAAAAUUUGUAUCUGUUCGGUCAGCCUAGGGGACUUUGAGUCUUUUCGAAAUUACAAGGGCUUCCGUAUUAUUUUCACGAAAAUUUUUUUUCGUUUUACGAACGUGAGAAUUUUUCUUACUCCUAUCUCAAUCACAUUUUUGAAUCCGAAAAUUUUAGGUUUCCCUCUUCUACCAAAGACGGCAUUAUUUGGGGAGUGAAAUGUCAAAAAUUAUGCUUCAGAGAAUCGUAGGGAAUUUAUUAGAUAAGUUUCGACAAUUGUACUUGAAUGGAACGGUCAUCUAGAAAUGUGUAGCCGUCCUCAAGCAAUAGAAAAUUCUAUGCAAUGUUGGCUUCUCCGAACAGAUAUUUACAGAAAACAGUCGUUGGGUGCCCCUGAAAUGUAUGUAUGACAAAUGAAGCAAGUAAAAAACAAUUUUAACGCAAAACUGUUUUCAUGACAUUAGUUAGUACACAAGCUAUUCAUGUGGAGGAUGGAUCUUUCAGUUGGGAUAUUGAUGAAAAGCCAACCUUGCAGAAGUAAGCACCUUAUCAGGGACAAUUCACUGAUUUUCCACUCGCGCAUGUGUGAGUUUUAAGCCUUUUUUGGCUUUGUCUGCUGAUGUGUGUUUGUGUUUUUUUCUUGUAGCAUUAAUGUGAACAUUCCAAGCGGUUCACUUGUAGCAGUUGUUGGUCAAGUCGGUUGUGGCAAAUCCACUCUUUUAUCGGCUUUCCUGGGUGAAACUGAAAAAGUGGCAGGAAAGGUUUACGUUAAGGUGAACUUGGUUGUUCCAGUAUAAAAAACAUUCCUUUCUUAGAUUAUUCUUUUCUUAAAUUAAGCCCAUCUGUAAAAAUCUUUUAGAUAAUUUUGUAAAUACUUCUUAGUUAAGUUUAAAAACAUUGUAAUUAGCUAACAUUGUAAUUAGGAUUAGGUUAAGUGUUGUAAUUAGUUAUCAUAAAUAAUGUAAUAUAAUCAUUGUUCCUGAAAAGCCCCUUUGGAGAGGUAACAAUAAAGUAUGUAUGCAAAUAUGUAUGUAUUCCUGGAGACUGGUUGUUAUUAAAUUUUCCCUUUCCAUUCUGAACAGAAAACGUAACUUGACAUAUAGUGUACUAUUAUGAAAAAAGACUAAUUUAUAGGGUUUAAAACACGACUGAGGCGCAGCCCAAAACUGCUGGUUUUUUGAACGGCUUAAAAUCUUUUCUCUACUGGCUCAAUAAUCGUUGUUGUUGUUGGUUUUUUAAUUUUACGAGAAAAUUGGAGCAAAAAAACUCAGCCAUGUUUUAUUAGAUUUAAAGACACUCUAUUUUCUUCUUGAAUUGUCAGUAAGUCUAUUUCAAUUAUAUUUUCUUGUGAAUUCUCACAGUCGUAUCCUAUGUCUGCUGCAGGGUUCUGUGGCUUAUGUACCACAACAAGCUUGGAUUCAGAAUGCCACUGUCCGUGAUAACAUACUGUUUGGAAGAAGUUUUGAUCCCAAGCGUUACUGUAAGACAAUCAGCUCCUGUGCAUUGAGAACUGACUUGGAUAUUUUACCAGGAGGAGAUAUGACAGAGAUUGGAGAAAAGGUAGUGAAUUGUAUUGUGCUUCCUUGGGUUAGAUGGUAUAACCAGCCAGUGGUAUCAUACGUACUGGUUUUACAAUUUUAACAUUACCAAAGUAACAAGGACAAACCAAAGUGAAAAUGGCUACGUAACAAAUAUGGUACUAUAAAUGAUGCAUGGCACGAGGCGAUUACAUGACAAGUUUAUUUGACUGAAACAAAUCUGGAGUUGAAAAAAUCUUCCUUUGUGAACAUUUUCUUAAUCUGCUAUCACAGAUCAGCGGCAAAAAUGUUAGCAACGCUAUAACUAGAAGUUCCAAUGCUGUUCACGUGUUUGUUGUCUUCCUGUUUGUGUUUGUUUUGCCAUAGUGAAUUUGUUUUCUUUAAUAUUUAGGGAAUCAACCUUAGUGGAGGGCAGAAACAGCGCAUUAGCUUGGCAAGAGCAGUGUAUUUUGAUGCUGAUGUUUAUCUGUUGGAUGAUCCACUCAGCGCCGUAGAUUCACAUGUGGGGAAACACAUCUUUGAUAAAGUUAUUGGACCAAGAGGAAAGCUGAGAAAGAAGGUUGUGUUUUGUUAAAGUUUGAUAAACACAUUAUAAAAUUUUUUUAUAAUUGACGAAAUAUAUACUUUAGAGAUCUUAGUUUAAAAUGUUUUGUUGUUUUACAGACUCGAGUAUUUGUCACCCAUGGAGUCGGUUUCCUUCCUCAGGUGGAUCAGAUUAUAGUGUUACAAAACGGAAGAAUAUCGGAGGUAAGGACUCUGGAGAAACUGAAUGGCAGGAAUGUCUCAGACUACUACUUUGUAGUUCACAAGUGACGAAAGUGUAAUUUCGUAUUCAAAUUCAUCGACCUUGACAAUCGAAUAGAAUCCAAGUUACCUUUUCCGACCAACGUUCUUUUGAUUUAGGUGGGGACGUACUCCGAGCUUCUUCAAAAUGAGGGAGCCUUUUCAGAGUUCCUGAAGACAUUUGCUUCCGAGCCGAAUACCGAGGAUAAUGGUAUGUACAACUGAGACGUCAAUGAUUGGCGGUUGAUGCGUUUGUUGUAAUGUUUUUGGUCACUUCCUGUCGUUGAAUUUCUGGAGGGCCUCUAACAACUCCUUAGCAUUUUGACAAGUCACAUCUAAGUUUUAGAAGUAGGUUUCAUGUUUAAAAAUAAUGAGGAAGAUUCCUAUUCAAUAGCUUGUUCCUAGACACUGUUUUUAGGGAUUACGCUUCCAUAGAGACAGGAAAUGUCACAGCUUGUUGGUGUUCAAUGCCUGCACAGAGACGGGGUAAAGCAACAGUCGGGUGGGUAUUCUGUGGCACCGGAUUUAAUCCUGAUUUUCUGGACGUCCAGUCCAAAAGAGUUUAUUUUAAAAAAAGGUUAAGAUGGAUUAAAUGGAACUCAUUAGCUUGAACCCAAUCGACUUCCUUUAAACAGCUGAGCCACCACUGCCCAGACAAGAGUCGGUGUUGGAAGAAAUUCCCGAGGCUGUAGAAGAAGUGGAUUUCAGGCCGCGUGGGGAGACGAUCCUGGAGAGGCGGGAUAGUCAGAUUGAAAUACCAUUCCGCAGAAAACGAGCUGACAGUUUGUCUAUUGUAACUGUUGAUACUGCUGACCUGGAUUGUCAGUUCACCAGACCAGAUGAGCACGAGGAGGACAAGAUUAUCGCAGAGGAAAAGGCAGAAACUGGCAGGGUAGGUUUGUAACUUACAACCUUGGUGAGGCAUUAAACAGAACAGUAUCGAGGGAGUAGCCAACGGGAUGCCUAAAAGUUGGGCAGGUACAAGUGUGGGUGUCCUGUACUCUUACACUGUUAGUAGUCUACUAUGUUGGAAAUUAACCCCGUUGGUGCGUUCCCUUUGCGUUCCGUGUGCGUUCCCUUAAUUAAUAGGCAUAUGGGUCGAGUCAAUGACGUCACCCAUUGUUAUAACCUAGGGAAAAAGUGCCUUCCUGCAUACUAAUUAAGUGUCUUCCUCCAUAUACAAUGAAGUGGAUAGGUUUACUAAUGAGCGUCACUCUACUUCAAUAAGAACAAUAGGCUUGCCUAGACUUGCCCGGUAAGUAACUUGAGCCCGGUUUUCGGACCGUCUAUUAAAAGAAAAAUAGGAAUAAGAGAAGCGAUCACCUAGCAACGCGAGAAACGGCUUCCUAUAUCUUAUUUAGCGCUAAAACUCAGAUAUAUAAACAAAACACAUACAGAAAGUGGAGUUGAAAAGUCUUUAUUUCCGUUUAGUUUAUGUCUUCUUAUUGAGCUCUAAAACUCGAAUAUAUAUAAACAAAAUACACAAAGUAGAACUGAAAACUCUAUUUCAAUUUUGUCUGACGUUUUCUCCUUUCUAUCUCGAGGAAAUGAAAGUCUUGUCAUUUUCACGCACGGUUAAUCAGUUAAUUAUGCGAGUUCACAAGUUGAAUACAAAUUAGCUCUACAGGAAAGACCCAAGGGAGAGAAUCUUGACGUAUUAUUAUAAAACAAAUAACUUAACAAGGAUCAAUUAAAACAAGCGACUCAUAUUUGCUAGCAAUAAAAACACAAGAGAGAUACCGUUUUAAAAAACUUUAUUAAAAACCAGUGACAAAAAGAGUCAAAUACACAGGAAUGGAAAUUAAUUAAUCUUCAUCUUCGCCCAUGGAGUACUUGUAAGGUUUGAAUUUCUUAUGCCGACGUUUCUUCAGCUGUUUGCCAUGAGAUUUAUGAUCAUCCAAAUAAUUUACAAAUUGAAUCCGACGCCUUUUGCGCUUCGGGCCUUGUGGUGAUGGGGUUUCUACUGUAGGAGGAGGGGUCAGGAAAGCAGGAUUUAAGGGUGGUGGAGGGGUGAGGCUUUCUUUGUCAGGUUUUUGAGAGAUAGCCGCUUGUGUUAAUUCAGGUGUUACAUUAAAGGGGUUGAGGGGAGUCGAGAAUGCUGUCGUUGCUGUCGAAGAAUCUUGUGUCCUUGAUGUUAAGUCUGGAGCAGUGCUGAUUAUUUCUUCCGGUCGUGUUCUUGUACUUAAUUGUUCUUUAAAAGCCAGGUAUCUGUUUUGCAAGUGAAGGUAUCGUUUAGCUUUUUCUUCGUCCCGAAGAUCGUUUCGAGAAAGCACGUCAUCCAUGUUGUCUUGUAUUUCUUGCAUAGCUGGAAGAAGUGGGACAGGUGAAAGAGUUUGCUGCUUUAGAAAUUUUAAAAGCUCUUGAGGAAUAUUUUCUUGAAACCCUGCUUGGUUAAAGCCUUCUUCACUGGGCAUGACGUUUGUUCGCAGUCGACAAUUAUCUUGGGUAGUAGUUUUCAGAUCAAUCAACAGAUAACCAAAAGGUCUUUUUACAGCCUCUUCGUACUGAUUUAAAAAGAAAUCCGUCUGCCCGGGAUACAUUUGCUUCGCCAGAGUCAGGAUUUGCAAUUUGUCUCGUGGAUUCUUGAAUAACACCAGAUAAUGGCUGUUUAGGCUUAUGCUGCGACUACCUUUCCCCUGAUGAAAUAGAUUCUGCACGAUAUAAAUCACGCUCAGAUUGCGAUGAUGAGAACCACGAGUAAAAAGGUUCACAAUCCGCUUGUCUUUACUGGCGUCAAUCAUCUGAUCAUCAAACACGAUCAGAUUCCGUUUGUUCACAUCAAAAUAGGAAUCCUGCUCCAAAGCCGUAGGAAUUCCCUUAACGAAUUCAAUGUGUGGCAUGGCGACUAACAUUUGUGUAUACGCUGGCUGCCAUUGUGAAUAACACCAAACGAUCCUCUCCGGGGGAGGGUAAAUGGUCUCUGAAGCUUGUUGCAAUAGCGAUCGAACCCAGGCCGUUUUUCCGGAACCGGUCAUUCCGGCAAUCAUGGAGGUGAAAGGGUGCUCGAAGCGAAACCGCUGACAUUUCUGUGAAAACGGAACUGUUUGAAAUGGUGUGAGACCGACAUUGUGGUGUUUAGACAUCACGUGCCUUUGCAUAUUAUCUUUUCUACUAAAUGAUUUUUCACAAACGGAACAGAACCAACUCAUGUCAGCUCAGGAGCAAAUUGUGGACUGAGAAAGAGGUAGAAUGUUGCGCAUUUAUAUAGGUUUUCAGGCCAUAAAAUUCUAUUGUUUUCCUCAACCAAAACCACCACUACCACCACCACAUUUCUGUUGUUUUCUUUCCUCCUCCUCCUCCUCCUCCUCAUUCUCCUCCUCCUCCUCCUCAUUUCUAUUGUUUUUCCUCCUCCUCAUUCUAUUGUUUUUCCUCCUCCUCCUCCUCCUCCUCCUUAUUUUUAUUGUUUUCCCUCCUCCUCCUCCUCCUCCUCCUCAUUUUUUGUUUUCCCUCCUCCUCCUGCUCAUUUUUAUUGUUUUCCCGCCUCCUCCUCCUCCUCCUCCUCCUCAUUUUUAUUGUUUUCCCUCCUCCUCCUCCUCCUCCUCAUUUUUAUUGUUUUCCCUCCUCCUCCUCCUCCUCCUCCUCAUUUUUAUUGUUUUCCCUCCUCCUCCUCCUCCUCCUCCUCAUUCUAUUGUUUUCUUUCCUCCUCCUCCUCCUCCUCCUCAUUUUUAUUGUUUUCCCUCCUCCUCCUCCUCAUUUUUAUUGUUUUCCCUCCUCCUCCUCCUCCUCAUUUUUAUUGUUUUCCCUCCUCCCCCUCCUCCUCAUUCUUAUUGUUUUCCCUCCUCCCCCUCCUCCUCCUCCUCAUUUUUAUUGUUUUCCCUCCUCCUCCUCCUCAUUUUUAUUGUUUUCCCUCCUCCUCCUCCUCCUCAUUUUUAUUGUUUUCCCUCCUCCUCCUCCUCCUCAUUCUUAUUGUUUUCCCUCCUCCCCCUCCUCCUCCUCCUCAUUUUUAUUGUUUUCCCUCCUCCUCCUCCUCCUCCUCCUCAUUCUAUUGUUUUCUUUCCUCCUCCUCUGCCAACUGCUAUCUUUAGUUCACUUUGAAGCAAUGUCUCGUGUAGUGAACAACAAUCGUGGUUUUCUUCAGCUGUUAGCUGAUUGCCCUGCUUAUCAGCGCCAGUUUCUUUUAAAGACAGCUACACCACAGCAACUUCAUGCACUAGUCCAAGUCUUGUACAAUUUACUCAUGGGACACAUUCCCAUCUCCGAAGAAAAUAAGCGGGUAUUGCUGCCCUACAAGGAUGCUUUACUUAACCUGGCCAGUACAAAUGUCCCUUUCAAAACAAAGAAGCGAGUCCUUGUUCAACAGGGUAGUGGAUUUAUUGAAGAUGUAUUAGCCCCUGUCGUUUCAAGCUUAGGAUUUCUAAUGCUAUAAAAGAGGUGACACAUCGCUAGGUUGCUCAUUCGAAGCUAAGUCUGUCACGAGUACUCAUCAAAAUGAAAAGAAAGAUAGAUUUGGUUGAAGAAGAAGAACACGAGAGUGAACAUGAAGAAAGCGAAAGUUCUGGUGAUGAAAGCGAGGAUGAAGAACCAAGAAUAAAAGAAGAACCGAGAAUAAAAGAUGUUUUGAGUCAUCUUUCCCGAGCAGUGCCGGAAAAGCGUGCUUCUGAUUUGCUGCAUAGUAUGGCUGCGUCCAAAGAUAUUCUUUUCUGGACCCCCAGCGGACAAUUACUUCGAAAUAAACGCACUAUUCCCGUCACAAACAUCGCUGAGCUAGUUGAGUAUGUGUUACUCCCUUAUAACAAUGAGGUUACCAAACCUCGUGCGCUGAAUACGUUUCUAGAUGGACUUGCAGAGUUAGGAAUCGAUAAAGGUUUAAUCAAGAACAAAAAGUUGUUAAGUGAUUUAAUAGAAAAGGAAAAAGGCUACCAAAAUGUAGAAAAUACUUCCGAUAACGAGAGUAAUAAUGAGGAGAGUUCAUCGGAUAUUGAAAACCAGGAGGAGGAAAUGGCUUCUGAGAAUGGCGUUGAAGCGGAAGACACCCAAGAGAGCGACAACGACACUGAAAACGACAGUCAGGAGACAGAAAGUAGUAACCCUGAAACGUCCACCACCUUUCACUCCAAAAGUCCCUGUGAACACUGCGAGAACUCUAAUGUGUACGGGACAUUGAUCAUGAAAUGUCCUAAAUGCCUUUGGCACGAUUACUACAAGAUUUGUCCUAUAUGCGAUCACCAGAUUCCCGAGGGGAGACAUUACAUGAAAGAGGGCUUUCUUCGAUGUCAAGAUUGCGGAGCAGUUACACACAAAAACGCGAAGACGUUGGAAACCAAUUUCUAUUCCCCUUCUACAGAGGAGAACGAAGAUGAAGAUUAAUUAAUUUCCAUCCCUGUGUAUUUGACUCUUUUUGUCACUGGUUUUUAAUAAAGUUUUUUAAAACGGUAUCUCUAUUGUGUUUUUAUUGCUAGCAAAUAUGAGUCGCGUGUUUUAAUUGAUCCUUGUUAAGUUAUUUGUUUUAUAAUAAUACGUCAAGAUUCUCUCCCUUGGGUCUUUCCUGUAGAGCUAAUUUGUAUUCAACAUGUGAACUCGCAUAAUUAACUGAUUAACCGUGCGUGAAAAUGACAAGACUUUCAUUUCCUCGAGAUAGAAAGGAGAAAACGUCAGACAAAAUUGAAAUAGAGUUUUCAGUUCUACUUUGUGUAUUUUGUUUAUAUAUAUUCGAGUUUUAGAGCUCAAUAAGAAGACAUAAACUAAAUGGAAAUAAAGACUUUUCAACUCCACUUUCUGUAUGUGUUUUGUUUAUAUAUCUGAGUUUUAGCGCUAAAUAAGAUAUAGGAAGCCGUUUCUCGCGUUGCUAGGUGAUCGCUUCUCUUAUUCCUAUUUUUCUUUUAAUAGACGGUCCGAAAACCGGGCUCAAGUUACUUACCGGGUAAGUCUAGGCAAGCCUAUUGUUCUUAUUGAAGUAGAGUGACGCUCAUUAGUAAACCUAUCCACUUCAUUGUAUAUGGAGGAAGACACUUAAUUAGUAUGCAGGAAGGCACUUUUUCCCUAGGUUAUAACAAUGGGUGACGUCAUUGACUCGACCCAUAUGCCUAUUAAUUAAGGGAACGCACACGGAACGCAAAGGGAACGCACCAACGGGGUUAAUUUCCAACAUAGUAGACUACUACUGUUAUUAUAUACCUCGUCAGUUUUUUGCCGGGCAGAUUUCACAUUAGUGUUUGUUAAAUUUGCCAACAGUUACUUUUUGUCGCCUAGGUGAAACUGGCUGUAUUCUGGGCCUACGCCAAGUCUGUCAAGGUCUAUUUAGCUGUCGGAAUAGUCCUCUUUAUCGUCCUUGCAGAAAUUGCCUCUGUUGCGUCUGGGAUCUGGUUGGCAAGUUGGAGCUCGGCAAAUGUGACAUCUGAUGCCGAGCGUGAUAUGUACUUGGGUGUGUAUGGUGGCCUUGGUGUAACGCAAGCAACUUGUGUACUUAUAUCAUCCUUAUGCCUUGCGGUGGGGUCUAAAAUCGCAUCACGUUACCUUCAUGAAAACCUUCUCGAACACGUCAUGCACUCACCCAUGUCGUUUUUCGAGACCACCCCCCUUGGAAGGAUCGUGAACCGCUUCUCUAAGGACAUCAGUACAAUUGACGAUCAGGUUCCUGUAACAUUGGCGACCUUCAUUAGGACGCUCAGCACUGUUAUUGGCACCAUAAUCGCUAUCAGUUUUGCCACUCCGAUCUUUUUGGUAGUGAUCGUACCUCUUGGCAUUAUCUAUGUUUUCAUUCAGGUAAUUUUUCAUAGUAGAGACCUUAAGAUUGGGGUUUAUCGGCAGUUCCCGCAAACUGGGAACGUCUAGAAGUCACGUGAACAGUGUCUUACCAUCAGAUUUGUGGUUUUGAGGUUCAUGUAUGUACGACAGACCACGCCCCGCUCUAGAGGUAGGUGAAUUACCACAAGGUUUUUUGCAGCCUAAGGCAUCACAAUCCCACGUUUGAGAGAAUAUACUACUUUUUAUAACUCUUUUGAUAAUGAAUUAUCGAAUUGUUUUUCUUCGAAACGUAAAUUUGGAAACAAUUUCUCAGCUAAAAUAAAAGUGAACGAAUGGAUGAAAACAAACAUGGCCCCUGCGAGCUACCAUCCACGAACUUAAAAGUCCCAAAUAUGAGCAAAAGGUUAACGUGAAACUGCAAACCGCAAACCGCAAACCGCGGUUUGCCGUUUGCAGUAAGAUGGCCAAACCUCGACCUUAAGGUCACUGUUGUCCCAUAUUUCCGUGUGCUCCUUGAAUAUUAGUGAUAAUUUGUCGUUGUCUGACUCUUUGUGAUCAGAAGCUCACUUGUGUUUUAUUAUCCGAACUUCCUUGAAAUAUGAUUCAAAUAUGAAGAGCAGUUCAGUCAUUUUUUUUGGGAGGAGUAAUUAUAAUGCUUGAAAUGUCAAACACCGUGUUGCUAAUGGCUGCUAAAUUUUCAGAGAGUGUAUGUUUCCACAUCGCGGCAGCUGAAGAGAAUUGAGUCAGUGAGCAGAUCACCAAUUUACAAUAACUUCUUUGAGACAAUCAACGGAGCUUCCACCAUCCGAGCAUUUGGCCAGCAACAACGCCUCAUCCGGGAUAAUUACUACAGGGUUGACGAAAAUCACGUGGCUUACUAUCCUGGAGUUUCAGCAAACAGGUGACUUUACAUGUUAAUAAAGUAGUUAGAAUGUUUUUUAAACCAAACACAAACAAACCUGUUAGUCAAUCCCCUUGUUAAUCUAUGUAAAAUCAUUGAGUAGUUUCCAAUCAGCCUUUUUAGACUUGGAGAUAGACGUGAAAUAAACGAAGGUGUGUUUGUGUUUUCUUCCUGUCCUGUUUUAGGUGGCUUGCUCUGCGUCUUGAGCUGAUCGGAAACUUGAUCGUCCUCUUUGCUGCCUUGUUUGCUGUUGUCAGCCGUGACUCGAUAGAAAGCGGCCUUGUUGGACUAUCCAUCACUUAUGCUUUACAGGUUUGUUAUGUGCUGUUUUAGACUUACAAGGCGUGCGGCGGAUUGACUCUGUAUGAAUGUUCCGUCAUUUAUUAAAGGAAGCAUCAAAACGACUGCUGCUGGGCUUUUGGGAUUUUGGUUCGAUUUUUGUUCAGCCAUGAAUAACAAACCUGGAAGGGCCUUUAAAUGAUUAGAUUAAAUACUAAGGUAGAAUACUAAGAAAAAAUGUUUAGAAAAUUUAAAAAGAGCGGGAAAAAAUACUUCUUAGUACCUUUCAGUUGAGUUGUUGCUGUAAAGUAUCUCAUCAGCCCGAAUGAAAAGUGUGUCAAUUAAUAUUUCACAGUCUUUGUUUUAAAAUAUAUGUUUAUUACAAAUCCUUGUGUACUUUUUUUAGGUCACCAAUGUUCUUAACUGGAUGGUUCGUAUGAGUAGCGAAGUGGAGACGAAUAUUGUUUCCGUGGAGAGAGUUAAAGAGUAUACAGAGACACCUACUGAGGUAACACCACCUCACUUACACUUCCAUGACAUAGAAUGAGACUUCGCAGUUUGUCCAGUUUCACAUUCUAAUAAUUUUCGAUAAUGUGAGUGUAAUUUAUGUUAAAACGGUUCAGUUUGAACGAAAGAAAUAGUAAAGUACCGGAGGAGGACUUUGGAUCGUCAGCCCAACGAAAACAAUAGAACCGUGACGUUGGAGGAGACGGUCGGGAGAGGAGAGAAAACCACAAGGUUGCGGAUAGAGAAGAAAAGUAAUGGAGGAUGAAAGUGUUUAGAGGGGAAACAUCAUGGACCCAGACAUUCCCUGUAUACUACAACUAAUGCAAACAAGCAAAUAUAAUCUAUAAUGUAUAAUUAACCACAGUUUCGAUUCCUGUUCUUCCUUCUUUUAGUGCAAGUGUAUUCGCAUUGAAUUGGUAUACUAUGAACCCGUAGAUAGAUUUAUUUAGCAAAUAUUUUUAAAGUAAGUAAGUAAGCGAGUACUUUUGCUCUUGUUGGGAAAAAUCCAAAUAUUGUAUAGAAGUCAACGGCAUCAUUCUCCGCUCUACUGAGUGUUGUUUUCCUACGUCAUGUAGGCGGAAUGGAUUAUUCCAGAUAACCGCCCUCCGGAUGGUUGGCCAGAUGCAGGAAACAUUGUGAUUGAAGAGUUUGAUUUAAAAUACAGAGAAGGAUUACCACUGGUGCUUAAGAAUAUUAACUGCAACAUCAAACCAGGAGAAAAGGUACUAGUCCAUUUUUACACACAAGAAUACUGACGGCAAGGAAGUGUCUGAAGUGCCAACAUAAAAAGUGAAGGAAACUGCUUCGUUCCUCAUUUCUAGUUUCUGAUGAAGCGAUGGUGCUGUGAACUAAAGUUAGGUUUUAUCAACCAUUUUUAUUAAAUAAAAUUUCCCCCUUAAGUUAAAAAGAACCAUAGGUUAUAUUUCAAAUGACGGAACGACGCCAUUACAUGAAAAAAUUGAGAGAAAGAAAUUUGUUGAGUGAUAGGCGUUUGAUGAAUUUCUAUGGGAUUGAGAGUGUCAAUGCUUCUAACCUUUCCCCAUUCAUGAUGCUUUUGUUUAUGUCUCAGCCUAAAAUCAGAUCAAGCGGUAAAUGUAUUUACUAUUAACUUUUCAGAUUGGUAUUGUGGGUCGCACAGGGGCUGGCAAGUCCACGCUGACUUUGGCUUUGUUCCGUAUUCUUGAGAGAGCUGGAGGAAAGAUUGUUGUUGAUGGUAUUGAUAUUGCUAAGAUUGGACUUCAGGAUCUGCGAUCACGACUUACUAUCAUUCCACAGGUAAUGAUAUAUGCAGUUAUGGCGUCAUAAGACUCGUCAUAUUGAAUGUGGGCUAUAGUAUUUAGCCGUCACGGCUCUUAGCGGAUGUACGAAUGUAGCUUGCAAAUAUAUAUAGAGGCUUGUUUAUAGAUGCUGAAGUACUUUUACGGAAUUGAAAUAUUGUUUUCUUUUUGGUUCUAGGAUCCCGUUUUGUUUUCUGGAACUCUCCGUCUUAAUUUAGAUCCCUUUGACAACCACUCUGACGAGGAAUUGUGGAAGAUUUUAGAAUUAAGUCAUCUGAAGAACUUUGUAUCCGGAACGGAGCAGGGACUUCUGCAUCCUGUGACUGAGGAAGGAGGCAAUCUCAGGUGCGACGAUUUAACUUCACAUAACAUCUGCACUGAGAACAGGAGUUUACCCUUGGACGUGUGUACUCAAUGUGUUAAGGUUGGGGGUAGAAGUAUUCCGUCUAUGCAGAUUGAAAAGCGGACAUUUUAAGCGUUAGGCUUGUGUAGGAAUGCUGAAUACAAUAAAGAAAAGAAAGAGCUUUGGUUUUGGUGGAUCAUUGCAGCAGGCACUCAUAGCAGUUAGUCGAGUGUUAGGGAGUAUGGCCUGUCUUACAGAUAGUAAAAUCAGACACCGGAUCGUUUGGAGAUCUCCCCGUGUCUAUCUGAACUGCUUCUAGUUCGUAACAACUUCGGUUUUACUAAGUAUUUACCUUAUCAUUGACCCUCUACAGUGUUGGUCAGCGGCAGUUGGUAUGCUUAGCACGUGCGUUGCUACGUAAAAGUAAAGUUCUUGUUCUUGAUGAAGCCACAGCCGCGGUGGACCUGGAAACUGAUGAACUCAUUCAGAAGACGAUUCGGCGGGAGUUCGCUGACCGCACUGUGUUCACCAUUGCUCACAGGCUCAAUACGAUUAUGGACUAUAACAGGUUAGGGAUGUGAAUUUUAAGAGAACUCAUCAUUGUCAGACAAUCAUGGUACAGACUCUAAAGUGUCGGCAAAUACGAAAUGCUUUUCACUGAUCAACUGCAGAAAAAUGUUUCGUUUAAGUGUAACGUUUAAUUUACCUUUGACCGCGUAGAAGUUGUGUGCCCUUUGGUGUUGUAUAUGUUUGGUGAUCAGUUGCCCACUCCGUUAAAACAAACUCCAAAGACUGCUUGGUAGGAAGGAGACAUCCAAUGUAUUCUCGACUGCGCCCUUGCUGUGACACCCCUUCUUAAUACUUGCAGUGCUACUCAAAUUACUAUCAUUUCAUCUCUUGUUAUUUCUGUUUCUUGUUGAUGUUUCUCUUUUGUUAUUAUUUACUUAGAAUCUUGGUUCUUGACAAGGGAUUUGUAGUGGAGUUUGAUAGUCCUGAUAAUCUCUUGGCUCUUCAAGGGAUUUUUUACAGCAUGGCACAAGACGCAGGAUUAGCGUAGUUAUUUGGGCGUGGCUGUUGAUUUCUUGUUAUUUAGUUUUUUGUGUGUUUUAAUUUAUCGCAGUCUUGUCUUAAGUAGUGUGUUGUGUGAGGCUAGAGGUCCUCGGUUUUGAAUUUUAGUUUUAAAUGAAAGCUUUUAACGAUGCGAAAUUUUAAACUUUGUUUGGAUUCCAAACUAGUGUGACAAGGAAAAAAAGAUGGCGGCUGUCAAUGCCGGGGUCCGCGAAUUCAGUUUUUCUUGUCUCAUCUACGGUAAUAUUAGGAAAAUUACUUAUAUCUCUCUAAUUUGGAGAGUUUGCAGAGACUUUCAGUUUUCAUUAUAACCUCUGCGUGAUUGGUAAAUUAAUUGCCAAGAUGGAGGGAGAGUUUUCGUUAGUUAUUUAGGUUAUAUAAUAGUUAUUAAAUUUUAAAUAUUUAUGUAUAUAAUGUAUGGUCUUUUUGGUUAUAACUUGUCAAGUCUUCGCUGUGGUAGAUACCGUCAUCGUAUAUAAGCAUUUACAUUGAUAUUUAUUUAGCUAGUUAAGCAGACGCGUCACCUUAUAGUCAUUAGUUCUUUCUUUUGCCGACACUGAAUAUCU